CCCUGCUGGACGUCGGCAUGAUGUGAUGUUAUCAUCUUCACUGGUAUGAAUGUGAAAUGUCAGGUUGGGCGGGAUUGAGACCAUUGGCGUCAAGAUUGUCCUCUCUGAUGACAUUUGUCCUUCAAUCCUCAACCAGCCGCCUCCGAAUCAACGCAAGAUGCGAAGGGUCGCAAGUGGUUUCCACAGCAGUCGCACUUCUUGUCCGAAAUGUCUUAGCGCGGAGAGGGACGCCUGCGGCAUUGCAGUCUGCCUCUUGACAUGGAAGUUUGGUGCCGGUGCUCCUGGUCGGGCCUCGUCCUUGGGUCCUGGCGGCGGUGUCUUCGAGGACGGCGGGUUUGCCCUCGAUUUCGCCUUCCAACGACGCUCCGGGGAACGGGCAGGCGACAUAACCGGCGAAGUGAGCAGUAAUGACCGACAUUACGCCAACAUCACCGCCCAUCGGGGUGCCCAGCUGGGCUUCUGGAUGUUCAAUGAUGUCGGUCAUUGCUGUUCCCUUCGCUGGUACCAAGCUUUCAUGUCAAGAGACAGCCACUGCCGUAAUGUCGGACACCAACCCUCCCGCCGCCGCUCGCCCUCUUCUCCCCCUACCUUUCCCUGCUACCGGUGUCUGUCAUCACUGGCAAGGUUACAACUCACUUGACAUUUGGGUCUGCUAUGGGUGAAAGCACGAGACCCAGCUGUCAAGGUGGAUUGUAAUGUCGCCAGUGAUGACAGGCCUCCCUUCUCCUUGCUGGCUCAGCUCUUCCACUUUCUCUUCCCCAACUUUCCACUGGCCACCGACCACAACGCUCUCACCAGCACCACAACAAAGUUCAUGGCCCCAUU